UCCAAUCCAGCAGGAGGCCACAGUUCAGACUCCAGAGCCCCCUAUGGAGGCAGAACCUUCUCCAAUCCAGCAGGAGGCCACAGUUCAGACUCCAGAGCCCCCUAUGGAGGUAGAACCUUCAAGCCAGCAGCUGGUCCCAGCUCAGCAUCCAGAGCCACCUAAGGAGGUUGCAGCUCAACCUCCAGUGCAUGAGAUGACAGUUCCAAUAGCAGGCCAGGACCAAGCCCAGAUUCCAGUGUCACCCAGUGUCACAUUUCAACCUUUCGACCUGGGACUUACCAUCACUCCAAAAUCCACUAUGGAGGCUGAGUAUUCUACAACCCCAAGGAAGACUACAGCUCCUCCAAAACACCCUGAGGUGACGCUUCCACCUCCUGACCAGGUUCAGGCUCAGCACACAAACCUAACAGGUCAUAGUUCAACCUUUGCACCUGGAACUUACCACAACUCCACAACCAUGUUUUUUUUUCUCCAACCAUGAAGAACUCAACUCAGCUUCCAGAGACACCUACAAAGGUUGCAGCUCAACCUGCAGCUCAUUAUGAGGUGACAAUUCCAACACCAGGUCAGGAUCAAGCUCAGCAUUCAAUACUGCCCAGCCUUUGGGCCUGGGGCUUACCAUCACUCCAGAAUCCACGACAGAGGUUGAACUUUCUCCAACCAUGCAGGAGACCCCAACUCAGCCUCCUAAGGAAGUUGUACCCCAACCUCCAGUAUAUCAAGAGGUAACAGUUCCAACACCAGGUCAGGAUAAAGCUCAGCAUCCAAUGUCACCCGGCGUUACAGCUCAACCUUUGGACCUGGGACUUACCAUCACUCCAGAACCCACGACAGAGGUUGAACAUUCUACACCCCUGAAGAAGACUCUAAUUCCUCUCAAGCACCCUAAGGUGACACUUACACAUCCAGACCAGGUUCAGACUCACCAUUCAAACCUGACUCAAGUCACAAUUCAACCUUUGGAUCUGGAACUUACCUUAACUCCAGAAUCCACUAUGGAGGUUGAACCUUUUCCAACAAUGCAGAAGACCCCAACUCGGCCUCCAGAGCUACGUAAGGAGGUUGUAGCUCAACCUCCUGUGUAUUAUGAGACAUCCAUGCCAACACCAGGCCAGGAUCAAGCUCAGCAUCCAACAUCACCCAGCGUCACAGUUCAACCUUUGGAUCUGGGGCUUACCAUCACUCCAGAAUCCAUUACAAAGGUUGAACCUUCUACAGCCCUGAUGACUACAGCUCCUCCUCCAGGGCACCUUGAGGUGACACUUCCACCUCCAGACAAGGGUCAGGCUCAGCAUUCAAAUCUGACUCAAGUCACAGUUCAACUUCUGGACCUGGAGCUUACCAUAACUAUAGAACCUACUAUAGAGGUUAAACUGUCUCCAACUACGGAGGAGACCUCAACUCAGCCUCCAGACCUGGGGCUUGCCAUCACUCCAGAACCCACUACAGAGAUUGGAUAUUCUACAGCCCUGGAGAAGACUAUAGCUCCACGUCCAGACCAGGUCCAGACUCAGCAUCGAAACCUGACUGAAGUCACAGGUCCACCUACUGAGCUAGAAUCUACUCAGGAUUCAUUGGUGCUGUCUGAAAAUUAUGCCCAAAAUAAGGCUUUAACUGCACCAGAGGAACAGAAGGCCUCCACAAGCACCAACAUAUGUGAGCUGUGUACCUGUGGAGAUGAGACGCUGUCGUGUAUUGAUCUCAGCCCAAAGCAGAGGCUCCGCUGAGUGCCUGUGCCAGAGCCCCACACCUACAAUGGCACCUUCGCCAUCUUGAAUCUUGGUUGCAAUUUGCUGACAGAACUGAGCUUUGGAACAUUUCAGGCCUGGCACGGAAUGCAGUUUUUACACAAGUUGUCCAGACUGAGGGCUUAUUUUAAAAAAUUUUCUUACUUGCUUCAUUGGUUCUAACAAUACAAGCUCCAUAAUUUUGGAAACUGAAUGACUCUGCAAUGUAGAAAGGCUAUACCUUGGCCCGGUGCGGUGGCUCAUGCCUGUAAUCCCAGCACUUUGAGAGGCCGAGGCGGGCAGAUCACAGGGUGCCCGGGCAUUUGUGAACACUGCCAAAGAAAAAAAAGCUCAGGAGUCCAGCCCCAGGGGAGCUGGAACAGCCUCACAUGGUGCAGGGGCCAAGAAGUUAGCCAAGAACCGCUUCAUCUCCCACCCCCCAUCAAAUGAUGCCAAGGAGACUAACUCCAAAGAGGACUGAUGUAAAAUGCUUCUGCCCAGCAUGGGUGUUCACUGCACAAGACCACUUGGCCAAGGGGGUGAGUGGGGCUGAAAAUCCUGCUCAUGCUCCAUGCUGAGCCACAUACAAAGUCUCCCCGAGACAUUGUGGGGCCCUUCCGGACAGACAUGGGGAGCUUCUGAAAGUCCCUCAUGCUUGGAAUUAUUUUCAAGACCCCAGGCAUUUUCAGAUUUCUGCCAUGUAGGAGAUGCUCAUGGCGAACUGAAACUCAGGUACAUUGGAGGAUUCAUUGCUGUGGCCAGAGAAAGCAGAAGACAUGCAAAAUGCAUAUUUCCCUGUCUUCCAGGAUAGCUUUUUCUAGUUAAGACAGCCACUCUGGCUUAGGGAUAUGUACAGAACUCCCAGUGCUACACGCGUGAAAAACAUGGCACAGAAACCUCACAGCAAGGAGUCUUCCAACAAGGAUGACAUCUUUCACAAGGAUGUGGAGUAAACGACAGAGCCUUCAUGGUUCCCAUCUAAAAUGAGGAGGGGGUGAAAAGUUGAAUUGCUCCUUUCAAGAAUCAACAACGUUGGCAUUUUAAUUCGUAUCCCAGGGGCAGCGAAGCCCCAACAGAGAAGACUCAAACCAGAAAGUCGUCUGGCUGCUGAGCGGGAGGAGUGUGAGGUCCCCUGGGAGGACCUCAGGCCUCAGGCCUCUGCAAACUUGGGAAACCGCUGCUGAGGUCCUUCCAGCUCCACGGUCCCCAGGCUGGUGACUGAUGGGGGAAUAUGGAAUCCAGCUGACCACCAGAGCCUGCAUGUCUGCUGCUAGCGGGGAGGAAAGGAUGACUUCUACCUCCUUUCCAUAUUCCAAAUUUCACAUGACUGCAUUUUUUUGGCAGCACCUUGCUGGCAAGGGAGACUUGUGGUUCCUGGGCUUCCGGCACCUGCACAGAAAGGGGUGAAAUGAGUGUCACAAGCAGCCACCACUCUGCAGCACACCUCCACAUCUAGGUGUGGUGGGGAGCCCCACUUAUACUUGGAGGUGUCCUGGCACCCUACCCACUUUUUGGUAGGCGUUUGGGUGUCCAAGUCUUUGCAGAAGAAGCAGGCAGGGAGUCUAUGGUGGAGUAACGUGGUGGAGAGGCCUGGAGAGGUGUCAUGCUAGCUGGGCAACGGGUGACACGCAGUCAUCCCCUCAGUGCACUCUGGAUGUGCUCUGUGGCUCCCUGCAGGCCUGCGGAUCCACCAGGGGGCUCCGUUCCUUCUGGUCCGAAGCUGAAGAAGCGGCUGCUGCACCAGAGAAGUGCAUCUUGAUGAAGGUAGAAGCGCACGGGGCCCGCAGAACCGCCUAAGGCAUCUUCAGGUGUGGGCUGGGAACUGGCAGGCUUUCAUUUCUGCUUCAUUCCAUGGCCAAAGCAAGCCACACGGGCAAGUCUGAAGCCGAGGCAAGAAAGUAUCCUCCACCCACAACGAAACCAUGGCAAGCAGUAGGUACAAAGAGGGCUGAGGAAUUGAGGCCAAUAGUUCUAUCUAUCCAAGUGAGUGAGGAGCCCUGCUUUGGGGAUUGCACAACCUGGGUCUGCUCUUGCUGUGGUGUCUGUCACUGUAGCAGGACGAGUCACAGACAGAACUCCUCAGACAUCAGAUUAAAGAAGGAAGAGGUUUUUUAUUCGGCCGGGAGCGUCGGCAGACUCGUGUCUUAAGAGCCAAGCUCCCCGAAAAAGAAACUCCUAGCCCUUUUAAGGGGUUACAACUCUAAGGGAUCUACAUGAAAGAGUCAUAAUAGAUCAAGGAAAAGGGGAGGUUGGGGAGAAACUGAGAAGGACAACAGGAAAAGUGGUGGCCUCAUACCAUAUCACUAUGAACAUGACAACACGGAUCGCCAUCAGGUCAGGGACCCUGACAAGGCAAGAAUCAUGUCCUCCUCUGCACACAACCCCACUCCCUUCCCCACCAUGCCUAACACCAAGCCCGGCCCUCAGGGAUGACUCAGGAAUAUUACUGAGAGCAUUUUAGGCCAUUCCUUCAUUAUCCACAUGUGACUUGUUGAUAAAGAUACUCUGGAGGUAGGAGGAUGAGAAAAGCAAAAGAAUGGCCCCAAGCUCAGGCCGCUGUGGAGUGAGACAGAACAAGAGACCAGAGAGGAAACAAGCCCACCAGGGUAGCCAUCUUGUCCAAGCAGAAACCGCCUGACACCUGAAGGCAGUGGAUGGAAGAAUUCAGGCCUCUGCCCCCUCAGCAGCAUACACCUAGUUUAGGGGAAGGACAUACCUUCCCUCAGUGACAGAAAUUGUCCCAGAUUUUCAGUCUUUACAAUCUAUACAUCUGACAAAGGACUAAUAUCCAGAAUCUACAAUGAAUUCAAACAAAGUAAGAAAAAAAAAUCCCAUCAAAAAGUGGGCUAAAGACAUGAAUAGACAAUUCUCAAAAGAAGAUAGACAAAUGGCCAACAAACAUAUGAAAAAAUGUUCAACAUCACUAAUGAUCAGGGAGAUGCAAAUCAAAACCACAGUGUGAUACCACCUUGCUCCUGUAAGAAUGGCCAUAAUAAAAAAAAUCAAAAAACAGAUGUUGGCGUGGUGCGGUGAUCAGGGAAUAUUUCUACACUGCUAGUGGGAAUGUAAACUAGUACAGCCGCUAAGGAAAACAGUGUGGAGAUUCCUUAAAGAACUAAAAGUAGAACUACCGUUUGAUCCAGCAAUCCCACUACUGGGUAUCUACCCAGAGGAAAAGAAGUCAUUAUUUGAAAAAGAUACUUGCACACACAUGUUUAUAGCAGCACAAUUCACAACUGCAAAAUCAUGGAACCAAUCCAAAUGCCCAUCAAUCAACGAGUGGAUAAAGAAACUGUGGUAUAUGUAUAUAAUGGAAUACUACACAGCCUUAAAAAGGAAUGAAUUAACAGCAUUUGCAGUGACCUGGAUGAGAUUGGAGAUUAUCAUUCUAUGUGAAGGCCAGUGGAGGAAAGGCCAGAGGGCUAGCAAUGAAGGGGAUUCUGGGCAUUGCUCUACAUGGGGGACUCAGCAAGAACUGCGUCAUGUGUGUGGAGAAGUUACUGAGUGUGAGGCAAGAACCAUGUCUUUUUUCUCCACAGGGUAGAAUGGAGGUUGCACUGUUCGGGCCGGCCACUCUCCUACUGGCUGACAGGAUGCUGCCUGGGAUGAAACAGGGUGCGUGUGCACCACGGAGUCAGUCCAAGACUCCUGUUCUCACUCGGGGAUUCUUCAUUUCUUCUUCCUAUUGCCUCCACUUCAUGUUAUUUUCUUCCCUUCCCAUUUACAAGUAAAACUGACCAGAGCCCCAGGAAUAAAUGGUUUUCUUGGCUUCCUCCUUGCUCCCAUCUGGACCCAGUCCCCUGGUUCCUGUUGGUCAUUUGCAAUCCAAGAGGACCGCAAUAAACAAAUCUCUAUUUUUUUUGAAAUAUUAAAGCAUUC